UUUUUCCCACGCCCGGCCGUGCCCCCUGGCCGAGCGCUCGCAGUUUGUGCAUGACAACAGACAUAUUAUACCCUAUUGUAACCAUGUUGUUGGUUGUUGCCUUUGGAACUCAUAUUCUGGACAACACACUCGAGGACAAUGUACUCAACAUCAUGUAUCAUGCCGUUGGUCGUCAUUGAAUGCACCAGAGAAUUACAGACUUUUUUCCAAAACACUUUGAUUCAGUCGAGAUAUUUAUACUACUAUACUCCGUUUCUGGCAUGAAGACUUAUGUGAGACACUCCUCAGCGUGUAAAAAUACACAGAGAAAAUUUGUUGUGCAGCAAACGAUACCUAACUAAAACUUGUGUUCACUUUCCCGUUAAAAAUACGUACAUUUAAAAUAUUAAUAAAAUAAUAUCACUCACACUUCGGAAGGUACCACUCAAGCUACAACAUUGACUGUGAACGUCAAACAUUUUUCUCUGUGUACCCGAUGCUUCAUUUUACUUUCUCCAGAGACUUUUUAUUUCUCUUUUUUUUUUUGUCUAACCUUCGCUUUGGCCUGCCGACCCGCCGAGCCGCGCCCUGCAGUCUUGUGUACACACCGACCGUGAUUUCGUGUAUGACUUUCUCCUUUUCCCCUCCAAACUUUCUUGUCACGAAUGCCCCGAGCCUGACGACCGGGUCGCAGACAAGGAAAGUCUGGCCUCACUCGAGCGCGGUGCAACGCCGCCGCUCCCGGGGUGCUUCUGGCAGAGAAGAGCGUCAGUUCCGCUGCAGGCCGCCCAGAGUGCCGAGCCGCGUUUGUUUACAUCUCGGCGACGCUGGCGUCGCGAAAACAACGCACUCCAUCCUCCCGAGCGGCAGACGGCGGGACGACUCUCUUUCUCUCGCCACCCCCUUUUCUGUCUCUCUCUGUCUCUUUCUGUUUGCUAAUUGCUUUAUGCCUGGCUGGUGCUCCGCAGUCCCGCCCAGGAUCGCCCCCUUUUACUUUGAGGAGGGCCUGACCGAGGGCAUGCGGACACAGGUGAUGUGCACCGCCUCCCAGGGCGACCCGCCCGUCACGCUGUCCUGGGUCAAAGACUCGGCCGCGCUCGACGCCGGCCCGCAGCAGCACACCGUCCAAAUCAAAGACUUUGCCGCCUACUCGAGCGUGCUUACCAUUCAUAGCGUGACGGCCAACCAUAGCGGCAACUACACGUGCGUCGUGACCAACCACGCCGGACGCGCGGAGUACACGGCCGGCCUGUCGGUCACGGUGCCUCCGCGUUGGGUCGUCGAGCCCGCCGAGCAGAGCGUCGUCCUGGGUAAGGCGGUCACCCUGCCGUGCCAGGCCGACGGCUUCCCCAAGCCCACCAUCACCUGGAAGCAGGCUAUCGGAACGCAGCCGCAAGAGUUUCGAGACGUGGGGUUCGAGUUCCAGCAGUUGGAGGAGGGGUCGCUGUUCCUUGCCGAGGCCGGCGGCCAACACAAGGGCCACUACAUGUGCCAGGCCACCAACGGCAUCGGGCCAGCGCUCAGCAAGCUGGUGAAGCUCAACGUGCUGGCCGGGCCCCGCAUCCGGCCUCGCCCGCGCACGGAGACGGCCCGCCGAGGCGAGGCGGUGACCCUGAGGUGCGCCGCUGACGGCGACCCCACCCUGGAGAUCGUGUGGCGGCUGCGCGGCUCCAGGAUCGACCCGGCCUUCGACGGCAGGUACGCCAUCAAGACCACGCCGUUGGGAGCGGGCUCGGCCGCGGGCGGCGCCGGCGGCGGCCCCCUGGCCGGCGUGCUCUCGGAGCUGACCGUGGAGGAGACGGAGCUGCGCGACCGCGGCGAGUACCAGUGCAUCGCCAACAACGCGUACGGCCAGGACAGCGUGGGCGUGCAGCUGCUGGUGCAGGAGCUGCCCGACUUUCCGCGGAACCUGCGCGUUUCUGAGCAGACGGGUCGGUCCGUGACACUGUCCUGGAGCCCGGCGCCGUCCGCGGCCGACUCGGACUCGGCCGUCGUGUCCUACAUCGUGCAAUACAAGGAGGCAAGAGAUGUGUGGCACGACCACAAUCAGCAGAAGGUGCUGGAGGGCGCCGAGACUUCCACGCUGAUCGCGGGCCUCCGCCCGGCCACCGCCUACCACUUCCGCAUCUUCGCCCAGAACCAGCUUGGCACGUCGGCGGCCUCGGACGUCCUGCAC